AUGUUUGAAUACGGCGAAUCGCAUUUUGAUUCGCUUCUGGCUGACCUGAGAGAUACGUGGACAGACCUACCUGUCGUCACCAGUGAUAGGCCAUUCCCAUUCAACUUCUCGGAAGAAGAUCUCGUGUGUAUAGAGUGGGACAGCGACGGCGCAGUAGCCGGAGCUGACCUUGUUGCAAAGGUCAAAAAGAGCCUAGGCGACUUGUGGCCGGAAAAAGGGUUUAUCGAGCGAGAGCGAUACGAUGACUGCAGAGACGCCCUCCAGGAAGUAAAAGCUCAAGUGUUGGAGCAAUUAGCUGAGACUGACGAAGAAAAGGCCGA